AUGGAGCUCCAAUCUGUUAUCAGCCAAGCCCUUACGGAUGACUGGUCUAAAGACAUCCAAGCGGCUCCAAAAUUAAUCCAUAUCAUCGGACUCUGCGCUGCACUGACUACCAAGGAAGAAAUUCUUUCUAUGCAACUUCAAGACACAAGAUUGGCGAACAAAGGAUUGCUUUCGAACCUUUUACAUCUUGCCAAUCAUGGCCAGUCGGCAUUCCAACAGGCUCACUCUGAUACUUAUAAAAUAUCAGUUCGAGCAGAAGAGAUCGGUCGAGAUGGUGGUUAUAUCGAUAGAAUUAUCAAAAACUUUGGUAAAGCCGACCCGCGUGCCAGAAAACGUCUUGAACGGGCGCUCGGUGGCCUUGAAGGCCAGGUUGCUUUGUCCAAAGCAGAAGGGCUAACGACCGAAGCCGCCUUUGCCGACUGGAGGGACAAAACUGAUAUCUUACAUGAGGCAGUUGCAUCUGAACGAGGAGAAACACAAAAAACCUUUCUCGAAAGGGUCAAGGUUGAGAAACAAGUUGAAAGAGAUUGCAGACUCGCUGAGAGGGACAAGAGUGACGCGAAGAAUAGCUUUGAUAAUGCGGCCGCCGCAGCCCAGAGGGCUAGGGAUGUAGCAGCGGAAUCAGAGAAACGUCUUACAGACAUAGGAGCCGAGGCUACUUCAGCCGACUUCGGCUGGGGCCCCGGCUCUUUGUUUAAGAUAGGAGCAUUCCUCACACGUGGUAUUUACCACGGUUUCGAUGUCUAUAAUAAAUCACGCGAUGCCCGGGAGGCGGAAAAUAAACUCGAAUCGCAAUCGAGGAUGCUUAGACAGCUUGAGAGACAGCUGUUUAUCAUCCAAAACGAUGUGGAUGCCGCAAAAUCGGAGACUCAAAAAUGGAAAGAUGUGUGCGAGGCAGUAGAUGUAGCACUCGACAAUCUCACUGCCUUGCAAUACCAUAUCCGCGAAAUGGUGCGAUACUUUAGUACUUUAUCCGUACAAAUUGGAUUUCUUUCCGAGAGAUGCAAUUCUGAAUUCCACAAGUUUGUAUUGGAGUCGGAAAGUGAUGAAACGGGCGAAGCGGAUCAAGACGACUUCGAAGAACUUUUAGACUUGGCCCGACAGAUAAAAAUAUUCGCAUUGAUAGUCCAUGCUAAGGCAAAGGUAUAUGCGAAUGUUUCUGAACAUGAACUAUUCAAAGGGUUCCAGCUCAUCAGCUGCUUGAGCAACCGUAACCCUUCAUUGAUCUCCGAUCGGGAGUACAUCGAGCGGAGCGCUGGCGAGUUAACGGUCUAUCGAAAUAGCGCUGAGUCAGGGAUAGCAAAACAUGUUCAUGAGAGCAAGCUGCGGCUCUUUGCAGAGUACAAGAAGAUUUUCCCCGCACUAACUGACGACUCUCCAUUAAACCCUGCCCACCAACCACCUCCAGCCUACACCCCUUAA